AUGACAGUAGACGAAGAAUCUCCUCUUCUGCAGAAUGAGAACCCUCCGAUUCAGGAAACCAGCUUGACCCUGAAUGAAUUGAAGCAGAGGACCGACUACACCAAUAAAUUGGUCGUCUGGAGCUGCUUCAUCGGAGUCUUCGUUGCUGCGGCAGACGUUAUCUCGACAUGGAGCUCGAUCGCAUCUCAGUUCAAACGAUUAUCCGAGGGCUCAUGGCUCAUCGUGGCGUAUAAUUUUAGUUUCUGUCUCGCGCUACCGGUGCAUAGAACCCUAAGUAGCAUGUAUGGAAGGAAGAAUAUCCUGCUGGCGGCUUAUAUACUCUUUGCAAUAGGGUGUCUCGCAUGUUGUCUGAGUGGUUCCUUGCAACAGCUGGUCUUUGCGAGGGUGUUAGCUGGGAUCAGUGGCGGCGGGAUGAUUUCUUUGGUGUCGAUAAUCAUCACUGACCUCGUCCCUGCCGGCGAGGUGGCUCUCUUCCGAAGCUAUGCGAACGUGGUUAACGUCCUUGGACAAACCAUGGGUGCUUCGGUUGGCGGGUUUCUGAUCCAGACGGUCGGAUGGCGAUGGUCAUUCCUAGGUCAGAUUCCGCUCGUCAUCAUCUGUAACCUGGUGGCACUAUAUGGUCUUCCGUCUUGGUUGAACGAACGGAAAACAGAAGAUGACUAUGUGAAUUUCCCCUCCGACCAGACUCUCUCAGCUUGA